AUGGAGGUCGAGGAGCGAAAUUACGUGGUAGAGGGGGCUUCCGGGAGCUCCCAGGAGCCAGGGCCCUCCGCCGCCGGGGCCCCUCAGUGUAUGCUGAUCUUUGACACCCUGGUGGACCGGUUCCUGGAAGGGCUGGUGGAAGCGGGAAGCUACUCAAGGUUUGCUCGUUGCUAUUGGCGAAUCUACAAACUUCAACCAGAAAUAUCCCGGAGCAUCUAUCACCAGUUUGUUGAUCAGUUGCAGAAAUCCAUAAAGGAACAGAUCAAGGAGAAUGCCAAGUUGUCUCAAUCUGUGCUUGCGGGGAGAAAGAGGAUAGAACAGAUGCAGAAGGAUAUCGAGAGGAGGCGGCAGGCUUGGCAGGAGUUGAGUAAAGUACAGAGAGAGAGAUGA